AUGAGCAGUCUGCCAUUCGCACUCACAAACCGCACUUUCCGACUGGCGACGGGUGCUUCGCGCGAGGUGUGGUUCAUCGUUAUGCACCCCAAGGAGGCGGAGAUGAAAAGAAGCAAAAGAGGCAAGACGACCUUGCUAUCGGAACAUGGUAGCUGCCUGCGGCGAGACCACGCGGAAGCUCUCCCGUCCUACAUCAAAGACCUCUUCUUGGACGGGCAGCUCUUGGGAGAAGGGGUGGAGCCAUCUUGGAAGCUGAACGGCAGUCAAUCGCAGACGCUCUCGUAUGAGAAGUGGACUGUCUUUCAAGAGCUGUUCGUAGAGGGCUGA